CGCUGCGACUGCCGAUAAGGCGGCCGCGGACAACGAACAACUCGCGCGAAGGAACGCGAGAGCGUCGCACGGGCGACGAAUACGCGAGGAGGAGCUCGGAGGUGGCAAGAAAGAACAUGGCCGACAUCAGAGGUGAACGGAACAGCGGUGGCGGGGAACCGGACCCUCGACUUUCGGGACCCGGCCCAGUGCCCCAGGGCUCGAAGCAGCCUCCCCGCACGCGGCCCGUUCAUAUUGGAAAGAAGGGCGGCGGCGGAAACUCGUGCGGAUUCACCUGCCUCAAGUACUGCCUCUUUAUCGUCAACCUUGUCGUCUGGCUUCUGGGCUUGGCCCUGAUCGUGGUGUCGGCGGUGUCCCUGGCGGGGUCCUCCUCGACGGAAGAGGCCCCGCUGCCCGGACUUCAGAGUGUGCGCAGCGCGGCGGCCACUGCCCUCUUCCUCGGAUGCCUGCUCUUCAUCGUGGGCUUCCUCGGCUGCUGCGGGAGCUUUAAAGAAUCCAAGCUUCUGCUCAUCGGAUACUUCGUUAUCUUACUGAUCGUCUUGAUCUUCGAAAUCGCAGUCUUGGCUCUGGCGUUCUCCUACGUCAACAGUUCUGCGAUGGAGGAGGCCCUGAACAACCAAUUCAAGGACAUAAUCACGGGUGGCCGCCGGGAAAAAGACCCCUGGCAACAGGAGAGGGACAUGAACAUGGUGCUUUUCGUGCAAACUGAAUUCCGUUGCUGCGGAGGACGAGGCGUCGAGGACUACACUGAGAGUGGCCAGGACAUCCCACCGAGCUGCUACGACAACCGCGACAGCCAGCGGCCUUACCUCUACGAAACGGGAUGCUCAAAGGCGACGAAAGACUAUGUUCUGCGCAACGGACUGGGCAUAGGGCUCGUCAACUUGUUCACCCUUUUCGCCCAGAUUGCCGCCAUGAUCUGCAGCUGUCUUCUCGUCCAGGGCAUCAAGAAAGCGCAUAAAGAUGCAUCUGGAGCCUAGAGCCACGCCGUGUGGCCGAUGUAUCACUGCCACUUGACGAGAGCGUAUUUUACGCCUAUACUAUCACCGUAUUUUAUUGCACCAGAAACAUUGAAGAGGAGGGCGGGAGAAAAGGAAACACGAAGCGUUCAUUCUCUUCUACGCCAUAUUUUCUGAGUUUCACCAUUCCCAUCUACUGAAUCAGCAUUCCCUUUCUUUUUUUUUUUUUACAAGUUGACGUAUAGUCAAGGAACAUCAUUGAAAUUUCACUAUAUGCGUUUGUAAUUUGAUAGUCUAUCUUUACAGCUAACAUUCCUCACUACUAUGAAGAAACGCGCACAUUUUCAAAAAUAUAUUCACUCAGGCUAGAUAUAUUCGUUCAUUUUCUAAGAAAGCACACUCAGCAAAAGUCUCUGAUGCAUCAGACAGGCUAUUACACAAAAUGACAUCGACAAACUUCAGCGCCUGUCUGUUGUCAUGCAGCGUUUCCUCGAGUUUGGCGCAUUUUUUUUGUUAUGUUAAUACAAUAUCAACGACUAUUGAAGUCUAUAGUGAAGUCGCUGAAACAAGCCACAAUAAAAUUAUUUUUCAUCAAGA